UUGAAUUGCGACUCAAUGGCUCAGCAAGGCAUCAAAGUGAGGCCUGUCCUGCUGAAACGGAACAGCCUGGAUUCAGUUGAUUUUAGAAGACAUCCACACCAUCGCAGGAGCAAAUCACAACAAGUCCGAUUUAAAGAGGAUGGAGCAGAUAACCCAACAGUUGCAGAAUCAGAGCUGGAGGCAGGAGAUACCCAAGAUCCAUGUGUAUUGGAUAAAAUACAAACCUCCCAAGCCCAUAACUUAGUAAACGAUUCACUCUGUUUUCCACCAUCUUGCAAAGGAUUACAAAAUAUUGCCAUACAGACUUCUCCAAGCCUCAGGAAGCAUUUUCCAGUGUUUAAAAAGAAAAGAAUUACAACAAGCAAGUCUCUAACAGAAAUGCCAAAAGAGUCUGAAUAUACUUUUCAAGUUAAUGGCAAUCUUUCUCAACAGGACAUUAUCUCUUCUAGUCUCUCUUACUUGAGUAUCGCUCAGCGUUUAAAUGAUGGGCCAAAAGCAACAGCAAAUACUCUAUUCCGAAGAGUACCUAAAGCACAAAGCAAUGGCCCUGUCCAUUUGGGUUCUGAUCAACUUGCAAUAUUAGAAACAGCCACUGUUUCUACCCAGGUCCCUGAAUAUACACACCUGGGUUCUGCACUAGACAAUUUUUCCAUUUAUCCAGACACACAAGUGGACUUAAGGAGCUCCACUGAUCCUUCUCCCACUAAGAGGGAAUCCGAGGGAAUAUGUUCCAUGCUGGUGGAGUCUGAAAACCUGACUUGUGUAAGUCAGAACUGUAAUGAUGCUCAAAUGGGUCAGAAUUCAUGUGAAGAGGAAAGUUACACUGAGCUGCUAUCUAAGAAUGAUAUCAGUGCUAAGGAAAACGUUCUCCCAUUGUUUCAGUUUCACCACAAUCCUUUACCCUGCUCUCUCCCAGAGCCUCAGCAGUCAGUACAAUUGCAAGUAGACACUGGCCCUAAGAUACAGAUGAAUGACAACCAAACGACAUUAUUCACUAUCAACAGCGUGUCACCUCUUAUUCCCUCUUGUCAAACUGUAACAGAAAACAUUUCCACUAAUACCGAAGUGCCACAGUACAACAACUGCUUAGAAGGCUUUCAUAUAAAUGCCUAUCUUUCAGGGGCUGAAACAAAAUCGGGGGAAAAAGAGAUUAAAGAAAUUAAUCAAAUUCAUUUGGCACACAGCGAACUAUGUGCCCUACAAGGCAGACUUCAGUCCGUGGAGGAAUCUUUGCUGUCAAACCAGGAGAAGAUUAAAGUCCUCUUGAAUGUAAUUCAAGACAUGGAAAAGGCCAGAGCCCUCAAUGAAGGACGGAACUUCUAUCGCACUGGCCAAGAUCUCAACAAUUGCAGCACUUGCCAGAACACCGCAUGUAUCAUUUACAGUGUAGAAUAUGACUUCAGGCAACAAGAAGAUAGGUUUCACCAAGUUUUGAAAGCAUUGGAUCAAGUGGAAGAGAGUCCUGUUUUGGUGACACUACAAAGACAGCCAUCUGACCAUCCAGUCCCUGAGAAACAGGACAUAAGAAGAAAGGCAAAGAAAAAGAAAUGCUUCUGGUGGAUUUGA